AUGACAAUAACAUUGUCCAAAAUAUGGCAUUCUAAACCUGUGAGCUUUAUAAUAUCGCAAUGGUUUUUUAUCGCUCUAGCUAUAUUCAUCGUUCUGGCACGAUUUGUGCCGAAUUUUGCUCGCCAAGGCGGACUCAUCAAGGCUCAAUACACUAUUGAGUACGGUGCCGUUGCAUUGAUUUUCUUACAAAAUGGUUUGAGCAUGUCAACCAAAAACCUAUGCGUCAAUCUCUCCAAUUGGCGCGCGCAUUUGGUGGUACUGGUAAUGAGUUUUCUCAUCACCAGUUCGAUUCUUUUCGGGUUUUGCUGCGCAAUUCAAAGCUCUCACAGUUCUGAGAUCGAUGAGUGGCUAUUGGUAGGUUUGAUUUUGACAGCAGCAAGUCCAACUACCGUGGCAUCCAAUGUGAUUAUGACCCAACAGGCCAAGGGUAACGAUUUGCUGUGUUUGUGUGAGGUCUUCAUAGGAAACGUCUUGGGUGGAUUUGUCACACCAGCCAUAGUACAGAUGUACCUCAGCACGUCGCUGUUUGCGUUUGGAAAUCCAAGCAACGGCUCUAGCGUGCGUAUGGUGUAUGCAAACGUCAUGAAACAGAUCGGGCUAUCCGUUCUGGUACCGCUAUUUGUCGGACAAGUAGCUCAAAACAUAUUCCCAACCCAGGUAUCCUGGACUCUGAGAACAUUUCGGAUGAACAAGAUCGGUAGCAUUUGCUUGUUGCUAGUGAUGUUCAGCUCUUUUUCCACGGCUUUCUACCAACACGCAUUCACCAGCGUAUCCGGCAUUUCCAUGGUGUUUAUCGUCCUGUUUAACAUUGGGAUCUACCUGUUUUUCAGCGUUUUGUGUUUCGUUUGCGCCAGACCUUGGUUUAUACCCAAGAUAUUUCCCGAAGAGCCCAAUGAAACCUCAUCGCAGGUUUAUGCGUUCGGCUAUCGCGUCUUGAGACCUUUCUACUACAACAAAAAGGAUACUGUGGCGAUCUUAUUUUGUGGACCUGCGAAAACAGCGGCCCUGGGUGUAUCACUCAUCUCUUCACAGUAUGGUAGCGAUUUUCCACAACUGGGGAAGUUACUGGUUCCUUUGGUACUUUACCAAAGCGAACAAGUCGUCACAGCGAAGUUACUCGUACCGCUUGUAAGAAGGUGGGCUGCUGAUGAGGAUGAGGCUAAACUAUCCAGCAAACAGGACUUAGAGCUAGCUUCUGCAGAAAAAACGGAUGCGACAGAUAGUUUUGAGGCCUCUUAG